GGGCCCGAGCGGAGCGGAGCGGGCAGCGCCGGGGAUGGGACGCGGCUCAGCGGGACCGCGGCUCGUCUGCUCCCCCCUGUGCCCCCCCCUCCGCGGCCCCCUGUGCUGCCUCCUCGGGCUCCAGCUGGUGCUCGGCGCUGCGCACCCAGAUUCCAAAGUUUUUCUUAUCUACAACACUGGCGCACAGGACUGCCUGGAGGCCAAGGACUCGCUGGUGCGACUGGCCAAGGGCUGCAAUGCCAGUGCCCCAGCCCAGCAGUGGAAAUGGGUCUCCCGAAAUCGCCUCUUCAGUGUAGGGGCCAUGCAGUGCCUGGGGGUGUCAUGGCAUGGGGCCAACACCACGGCGGGGUUGCACCUCUUGGCCACCUAUGAGUGUGACCGCGAGUCAGUCAACAUGCGCUGGAGCUGCCGUGGGCUCGGGGAGCACCUCUCGCAGCAUCUAGGUGCCCGCUUGGGCAAUUCUUCCCUGGACAGGGGGGAUCAGGUGCAUGGCUCACAGUGGAGGACAUAUGGCACCGAGGAGGAUCUGUGCUCCAUGCCCUACUCUGAGAUUUACACCAUCCAGGGCAAUUCACAUGGGAAGCCCUGCACCAUCCCCUUCAAGUAUGACAACCAGUGGUUUCACGAGUGCACCAGCACGGGGCGAGAGGAUGGGCACCUCUGGUGUGCCACCACCCAGGACUAUGGCAAGGAUGAGCGGUGGGGCUUCUGCCCCAUAAAGAGCAAUGACUGUGAGACCUUCUGGGACAAGGACCACCUCACGAACAGCUGCUACCAGUUCAACUUCCAGUCAACACUGUCGUGGCGGGAAGCCUGGAACAGCUGUGAGCAGCAAGGGGCUAACCUGCUGAGCAUCACAGAGAUCCAUGAGCAGACCUACAUCAAUGGUCUGUUGACUGGAUACAGCUCCACGCUCUGGAUUGGGCUGAAUGACCUGGAUAUCAAUGGAGGCUGGCAGUGGUCAGACAACUCGCCCCUCAAGUACCUCAACUGGGAGAGUGACCAGCCUGACAACCCCAGUGAGGAGAACUGCGGGGUGAUUCGCACUGAGUCAUCUGGGGGAUGGCAGAACCGCGACUGUGGCAUCGCCCUCCCCUACGUCUGCAAGAAGAAGCCCAAUGCCACAACUGACCCCUUCCUGACAGACUCAUGGUCAGAAGUGAAGGUGGACUGUGAGCCCAGCUGGCAGCCCUUCCAGUCCAACUGCUACCGGCUGGUAGGAGAGAAGAAGAGCUGGCAGGAGGCAAAGAAGACCUGCCUGCGGAGUGGGGGUGAUCUGGUCAGCAUCCACACCUUCUCUGAGCUGGAAUUUGUCACCAAGGAGAUCAAGCAAGAUGUGGAGGAGCUCUGGAUUGGCCUAAAUGACCUGAAACUGCAGAUGAACUUCGAGUGGUCAGAUGGGACACCUGUGAGAUUCACAUACUGGCACCCCUUCGAGCCCAACAACUUCCGUGACAGCCUGGAGGACUGUGUGACCAUCUGGGGACCAGAAGGGAGGUGGAAUGACAGCCCCUGCAACCAGACCCUGCCAUCCAUCUGCAAAAAGCCUGGUCGGGUGAGCCAGGAGAAGGAGGAGGAAGACCAUGGAUGCCGAAAGGGCUGGAAGUGGCACAGUCCGUCCUGCUUUUGGCUGGGUGAGGAUCGUGUCCUCUACAGCGACGCUCGCAAGACGUGCUCUGACUACAGCUCCACGCUGGUUACCAUCACCAACAGGUUCGAGCAGGCAUAUGUGAGCAGCCUCGUCUAUGGCUGGGAUGGGGAGUAUUUUUGGACAGCUCUGCAGGACAUCAAUGGUACAGGUGCCUUCCACUGGCUGAGCGGUGAUGAGGUGAUGUACACUCACUGGAACCGCAACCAGCCCGGUUACAACAAGGGUGGCUGCGUGGCCUUGGCCACCGGCAGCUCCAUGGGGCUGUGGGAGGUGAAGAACUGCAGCACCUUCAAGGCCAAGUACAUCUGUCGGCAGAACUUGGGCACCCCAGUCAAUCCUGAACUGCCCGGUCCUUUCCCUACACCCAGCAUUACUGCCGCCUGUCCCCCAGGAUGGAGCUCCGACCCCAAACUCCGUCACUGCUACAAGAUAUUCAACUUCGAAAAGCUGCAAGAAAAGAAGACGUGGAUCGCUGCGCAGGAAUUCUGCCAGGAUCUGGGGGCUCAGCUGCUCAGCCUAGGCAGCUAUGAGGAGGAGCACUUUAUCACCAACACCCUCAACAAGAUUUUUGGGGAGUCAGAACCAGAGCUUCACGAGCAGCACUGGUUCUGGAUCGGCCUGAACCGGCGGGACCCUGCUGGGGACCUGAGCUGGAGGUGGAGCGAUGGGCUGGGGUUUUUCUACCACAACUUUGACCGCAGUAACUAUGAUGACGAUGACAUACGGAGCUGUGCAGUGCUGGAUCUGGCCUCCCUGCAGUGGAUGCCUAUGCAGUGUGAAGCCCAGCUGGACUGGAUCUGCAAACUGCCCAAAGGUGCUGAUGUGAAGGAGCCAGAGAUCACAACCCAAGGCAGCAAAGAAUGGGUGAAGUACCAGGAGGCCGAAUACAAGUUCUUUGAACACCACUCAACAUGGCUUCAGGCACAGCGCAUCUGUAGCUGGUUCCAGGCUGAGCUGACAUCAGUGCACAGCAAGGCUGAGCUGCAGUUCCUGGGCCAGAACCUGAAGAAGUUCUCCAGGGGCCAGGAGCAGCACUGGUGGAUUGGGCUGCACACCUAUGAGAAUGAUGGGAGGUUCAGGUGGUCUGAUGGGUCCCUCCUCAACUUUGUCUCUUGGGCACCAGGCAAGCCUCGGCCCAUCAGCAAGGACAGGAAGUGUGUGUACAUGACAGCCAGCCGAGAAGACUGGGGGGACCAGAAGUGCAUGACAGCUCUGCCUUAUAUCUGCAAGCGGAGCAACGGGACAGCUGUGAAGCCGUCCCUCUCUCCCGUACCUGCUGCCACAAGUGGGGGCUGUCCCCAAGGCUGGCUGCCCUUCCUCAGCAAGUGUUUCAGCUUCAAUGGUCACAACAAAGGCGAGACAGUGAAGUGGCCAGAGGCAAAGCAAGUAUGUGAGAGCCAGGGCGCCAUCCUGGCCACCAUUGCCAGCCCCCUGGAGCAGGCCUUCAUCACAUCCAUGCUGCCCAACAUCUCUUUUGACCUCUGGAUUGGCCUGCACGAUGCCCAGGGGGAGUUCCUGUGGUUGGAGGGGGAGCCACUGCGGCACGUGAGCUGGGCACCUGGAGAGCCUUCAGGCUGCAGCUCCUCCAGCCCCCGUGACAAGCCGACCAACUGUGUUGUGGUGUGGCAUGGCUCACCCCCUCUCUUCACGGGACGCUGGGAUGACCGGAGCUGCCUGGAGGAGAAACAUGGCUAUGUCUGCCAGCGGAGCAUAGACCCGUCCCUGAGCCCUGUGCAGGCACCGUUCCCCCCUUCUCCUACUGGCACCCUUUUUUACCACAACAGCACUUACCGCAUCCUGCAGAAACCUCUUAGGUGGCACGAGGCACUGCUGCUCUGCGAAACCCUCAAUGCCACCCUGGCCACCAUCCCCAAUCCCUACAGCCAGGCCUUCCUCACACAGGCCAUCAGCAGCCUGCAAGCUCCACUCUGGAUUGGGUUGGUCAAUGAUGAGGGAGGCCGGAGCUACUCAUGGCUGGCAGAGGAGAACCUCAUCUACACCAACUGGCAGGAUGGGGAGCCCCAGCAGAUCACUGGCUGCUCCUACAUGGACAUGGAUGGGAGCUGGCGCACAGCUGGCUGUGACACCAAGCUGCAGGGGGCCAUCUGCCAGCUCCAAACAGGUCACCCCCACACUCACAAGUGGAGCUACAGUGGCAGCUGCCCCAAAUCGCUGGAGGACUCGUCCUGGAUCCCCUUCCGGGACCACUGCUACACCUUCCACAUGGAGAUCACCCUUGGGCAGAAGGAUGCCAUGAGGAGGUGCCAGAAAGUUGGCGGCACAGUGUUGUCCAUCCAGGAUGAGAUGGAGAACGUCUUUGUGUGGGAGCAUCUCCAGGCAUACGAGGACUUUGCCAAGGGGGCCUGGUUGGGCAUGACCUUCAACCCCAAAGGUGGCACCUUGGUUUGGCAUGACAACACUGCUGUAAACUAUUCUAACUGGGGCCAGCACGACACGGGGCCCAGCAUGCUUAGCCAGAACAGCUGCUACUGGAUCCAGAGCAGCAACGGCGUGUGGCAUCUAGGCUCCUGCGCAAACGUAACUAUGGGGGUCAUUUGCAAGAUCCCCCGAGUGGAGGAGAGCAGCUUUUCCAGGGCAGCUCUGCCGGAAAAUGCGACAGCCAUUGCAGUGGUCGUGCUGUCAACGCUGGCGCUGUGUGCUGUGCUGGGGGUCGUCCUCUUCCUGUACAAGCGCCGACAGAGUGUGGAGCGUGGCGCCUUUGAGAGUGCUCGCUACAGUCGCACCACUUCCAACCCCAGUGAAUCUGCCGAGAAAAACAUCCUGGUGUCCGACAUGGAGAUGAACGAGCAGCAAGACUAAUGGCAGAGGAGACGCUGGGGAUGGGGAUCUGGGGAGGGGGGGGACAGAGAGCAUCACACACGCUAUCCCCAUGGCGCACAGGGC